UUUUAAAUUAUAGCAUGAUGGACAAUAAUAAUAAUAAUUUUUCUAUUAAUUUCUAAAAUGAAUCAUGUUUGUUCGUUUAGGUAGAUUUAUAAAAAUUUCAAAUUUCGUUAAACCACCAGUGAUAAUUACUAGACCGUACAAUGAUUUAGCAAUCGAAGCAAUUCCUGAAAUAUCUAAAACAACAAUUAAGAAAGCCAUGAAAACUAAUAAUUUUCAGUUUGAAGAAGGCUUUACUUGUUUUACUACCCCGUGUACAUUGUGUCCCAAAGUUAGUAAAGGUGCCAAAUUGUACAUUAACAAAACAACAGGCUGGUUUAUGUGUACUGGUUGUAAAAAAUCAGGCCAGUGGAAUACAUUAGAAACCUAUUUCACUUCAAAAAAGAGCAAAAAGACCAAAAUUAAAGAUGAGUCAAUAGAAGAAGAAAAGGGCAAUGAAAGAAUUGCAAAAACCUUGGAGGAAAUAAGAAGUACAACCAGUGAAAUUAAAGCUUUAAGUGAAGAAGAGUUGCAUGAGGUUUUAAAGAAGUUUAAGUUACCUAUAAUUUCUAGUUCUACUUUUGAAACCUUAGACGUAAGGUUAAACGAAAAACACACAGCUCUGUUUUUCCCAUUAGAAAACGUUGAGUCAGAAACUGUUGGCUACCGAAAAUUUACCUCUGGAUUAAGUACAGAAACUGUAUUGCCUGAUCAAAAUUAUGGAGGAAUUUUAACGGCCCGAUUUCCAAAAAGUAAAGACACAGCAGUAUUAGUUCCGAGUGUUUCGGACUUUUUGGUUCUAGCAAACACAAAACUCAACGUAAAUGUGGUUUGUUUACCUAACGGAGUGAAUAAUUUAUCUCUAUAUGCUUUGCCAAGUCUUGAAAGGUUUAAGAAGCUCGUAUUGUGGUUCGGAAGUGAUAAUAAGUCUUGGACUGCAGCGAGGAAUUUUGCAAAGAAGUUGGGAGAGAAGAGGUGUCUACUUAUUCGACCUACAGAAAGACAGCAGCUUCCUCAUUUAGACCCAAACCAGGACUUCAAAUCGAUAAUAGCUGCAGCCCAGCCAGUUUGGCACAAAUCUGUCACCACAUUUUCCACGUUAAGAGCUGAUGUAUUAUCAGAUCUUCAGAACAUCGAUAAAGUUCAAGGAGUUAAAUGGAAGCGGUAUCCUACUUUAAACAAAAUUCUGAAGGGCCAUAGAUGUGGUGAAUUGAGUAUUUUUACUGGACCGACGGGUUCGGGAAAAACUACGUUUAUUAGCGAUUAUUCUUUAGAUCUGUCGAUGCAAGGGGUAAACACCUUGUGGGGUAGUUUCGAGAUACGCAACGCGAGACUAGCAAAAACCAUGCUGCAGCAGUUGGCUGGCAUUCCUCUUGACGAACAUUUGCAUUUAUUCGAUUAUUGGGCAGACCAGUUCGAGAAGUUACCUAUAUAUUUUAUGACGUUUCACGGCCACCAGAGUAUUAAAGUGGUGAUGGAGGCAAUAGAACAUGCGACAUACGUCCACGACAUAGCGCACGUCAUAAUCGAUAAUCUCCAAUUCAUGAUGGGCACUUCGGAAGACCAGAAACACAUGGACCGAUUCUGGAAGCAAGAUCUAAUCAUAGGUUGCUUUAGAGAGUUCGCCACGCGGAAAAACUGCCAUGUUACUUUAGUUAUACAUCCCAGAAAAGAAAGGGACGCCGAAGACUUGACUACCAGUUCUAUUUUUGGAGGCGCCAAAGCUUCACAAGAGGCCGAUAAUAUUCUCAUUAUUCAAGAUAAGCGACUUACUGCUCUUCGAGGAAAGAAAUAUUUACAAGUUGUCAAAAAUAGAUAUAGUGGAGACUUAGGAAUAAUGCCAUUAGAUUUCGAUAAAGAUAGCUUGAGUUUCCAACAAAAGAAACCGAAGGAGAAAAAAGUGGAUCUGAUCCAACCUUUAACACAUCCUGAAACUGAUGUUUCUAUACCAAAGAUUUAAAGCAUUUUAUCAACAAGUUUUACACGAUUGUUAUCAAUGUAGUGUGUGUAAUUGGAUUGUAAAGCUUACAUUAUCUCUCAACUUUUAAGUUAUGUCCCUAACACUCAUUUUUUUUAUUCAGCUAAUGCAUCAAAAACUAAUGGCCAUUGGCAUGGUACAGUGAUUUCGCAAUUAGUGUAAUGUGUGUCUUAUUGCUUAGUAAAGUCAACUUCAAUGUCUUUACAAAGACACCCUAAUUGUAUCCGAACGUCUGCGAUCCCUUCGGUGAGUACCGAUCCCACACGGAUAGAAACUAUUUUCAUUUAUUAAUUGUUAAUAAAUGAAAAAUUUCCUACCCAGUUGAGAUUCGAGCUCACAACAAUUGGAUCCAAAGGCUCCCUUACCACUGAGCCACAGAGGAGGUUUUUACAAUUUACGUUAUCUACCUCACGAAAUUUAAAUAACCUUAAAUUUCCCACGUAACCACCAGCUGUCAAAACCCUAAUCGUUUCUGUAACCUUAAUUUCACGUGACUAUACUAAAUUUACAAUCAAGAUGCAGUAGGAGCACUCCCGAAUCAUAAUUCACAAUGAAUAUACAUUGUAAAUCCCAAAUCAUGAUUUCCAAAGUUAAUACAUUGUAAAUUAUGAUUCGCUAGUGCUCCUAUAGUAGCAUUUAACGCGUCUUGGUUUGUUUAUUUCUACUGCAUCUUGAUAGAUAAUUUCUUUUACUUAAACCUUGUCUUAGAUGUUUAAGCUUUUGAAUCCAAAUACACAUUAUGUAUAAAUGUUGAUUUUUUAAUUUUAUAUUGGAAAAAAUAAAUUAUAUUUUUCUGAA